AUGUUGGUCAGGAUCGGCCCCAGCCCGUUUUCAGAACAGCAUCUUCUCGCCGUGGAGGAUUCGGGUCAGGAGUAUUCCACCCGGAAGUCACCCUCAGCUCCAUUCAUGCCUGAAGGACCCUCCGCGUCCCCUGAGCCAGACCUUCUGCUGCCCGCCAAUGCCACCAACGCCACGGACUGCGGGGAGGAUAUACUGCUGUACGGGGACACUGAGAAGGUCAUCAUCGGGACGGUCCUCUCGGUCAUCACUCUGCUGACCAUUGCGGGCAACAGCUUGGUCGUCAUCUCCGUAUGCAUCGUCAAAAAGCUCCGCCAGCCGUCCAACUACCUGGUGGUCUCCUUGGCUGCGGCUGACUUGUCUGUGGCCUUUGCCGUCAUGCCCUUCGUCAUCAUCACCGACCUGGUGGGAGGGGAAUGGCUCUUUGGGGAGGUCUUCUGCAACGUCUUCAUUGCCAUGGACGUCAUGUGCUGCACGGCAUCCAUCAUGACGCUCUGCGUCAUCAGCGUGGACAGGUAG